UAGUUCCACAUAUAGCACACGCACGCAUAUACGAAGUUUUUUUCUUUCAAUAAUGACCUCCACCAUCAACCUUAGCGGCGUAGCCCUUCAUGGGCACAUGAAGGACGUUACGAUGCUCAAGUUCAACCACGACGGCGACCUGCUCUUUUCCUCUUCUCGUGAUACCGAGUGCAAUGCGUGCUGCUGGUACGCAAAAACUGGGGAGUUGCUAGGCUCGUACACGACUGUGGGUCAGGGCAGUCAGCGCGCGUUUGAUUCUGCGGUGGUCGCGCUUGACGUUAACCGAUAUUCCACCCUAUUCGCAACCGCGAACGCUGGUGAGGAGACGAUGCUCUGGAGUGUGGAGACCGGGGCGCUGCUCGGAACGAUUAGUCGUGCCCUUUCCUCGGGAUCUAGCGUCGGAUUCUCGCACGAUGACUCCUUGCUGAUGGUGGCGACAAAGGGUCGCUCCGGCAUGAAGUCCGCUAUUCAGCUCUAUAACCUGCCCUUUACGGUACCCCCAGUUGGGGAGGAUAUCGCGCCUGCUAAGACGACGUUUAACCCUACCAGCAGCUACGAAACGGAUUCGCCUGAGUUGAUCACCUGGGCGUCGUGGGGGCCGACGAACGACACCAUCUACUUCUCCGAGGGUGCUUACAUGCACAUUUUGGAUGUGGAAACAAAUAAGGUGAUUCGCUCUCGUGAAAUCCACCCAGGCUAUGUGAUCAACCGCUUCAAGUUCGACUCUAAUUACCUCACACUGGCGACGGCGUCUACGGAUUGCACUGCCUGCCUCCUCGAUCAGCGCGAGCUGAGCAUUAUGCAAACCUACCAAAGUGAUGGACCCAUCAACGACGUUUCUAUCAGCCCGACUGCUGAUCACGUCAUCCUCGGUGGUGGUAUUGAUGCGGCGGCGGUGACGACGAAGGGCGGCCAGGCCAACUUCGAGGUGAAGUUUUUCCAUCGCGUGCAUGGUACGCAGCUCGGGCAGCUACGUUGCCAUUUCGGUACGAUCACGGCGAUGACAUUUCACCCUGACGGCCGGGGCUUCGCGAGCGCAAGUCAUGAUGGUUUAAUUAAGAUGUAUCGCUUUGAUGAAAACUACACUUCUGCCCCCGGGGGCGUCCCCUUGUGGUCGCUAAAAUCUGAGGAUGAAUGA